GUAGAGUUUCACCUUAGCGAGUGGGACGAGAUACCCGAAGACUUUGCCCUUAAACCGACAGAUAGAACGGAGAAGUGUAAGAAAUGACCAAACAGUGAACUUCCUCGUGGCGACGACCACAUGCAACCUUCCAAGAUGACGAGAAAACAGAACUUGCCGUUGUUGAAGUGUAACCGUUGUGAUUUCUCCACCAAGAACCGCUACAUCUACAUGCGACAUAAGAACAGAUGCUCUCGGGUUGAUAUACCUGGUUUGCGGAAAAACUACAAGGCUGCAGUGGCUGCGUUAGAGAAAAACAAUCCACCAGGCGCCGAAGGAGAUGAAAAAUUGGAUGUAUCCCAGGAUGACAGUUAUGUUGACAUGGAGGAGUCUGUCAGAGAAGAGGAGGAGUCUGUUGCCAUGGAAACAAGUGGUAAAAGUGAUGAUAUGGCAGUUGAAGAUGAAACACUAGAGGAUGCCAAACAGCAAAAGGCAACUACGAGCAAAAUGCCCAAAAUCAAGCUGAAGUUUGGUGGCCGCUCCCAGACUGUUCGUAGCCAGACGGUUAGUCGUGGUCAGCCCAAGCGUAAUUACAGCUGUGAGGAAUGCAACUUCAAAACGACCAAGUCCAAAGUCUACCUGUACCACCUUAUAAACAAACAUAGUGCAUCAUUCAACAUUUUCCCCUGCACAAUGUGUGAUUACGGCUGCAGAUGGAAACACAAACUGCUGCGUCAUAUGAAAAUGGUGCAUCACUGUACUCCAAACAGCGAUGAUGUCAAGGCCGAAGUUGUACGCUCCCCAACCAAGAAAUCCCCUGAAGGUGGUAAAAAUACUUCCCGUGUUGCCGUACCAUCUAGCAGCAAACAACCCCCUGCCAAGAAAGCUGUGGCGAUGAAAAGAUUGUACAAGAAGCAAGUUCCGUUGACUAUUAAGUUGGGUGAUAAAACUGCAGCAUUGGAGUACAUUUUAGACCUGAGCAAAAAGGAAAGCAGUCCUCAUUUUAAGUGUAAGCUGUGCCUGUACAGCAGUACGAUGAAGGCCCGAGUAUUCAACCAUGUCAUGGCUUGCCACAUCAAUGCAAAACAGUUCCAAUGCAAGCUUUGCAAUUUUACCACAACCAAGAAGACGGACUUCUAUGCACACAAGGCGAGACAUGGCAGCCAGAUCUUCAGUUGUCCAGACUGUGCCUACACAACGGCCUUCAAACCGAACUUUGACCGUCACAUGAUCAACCAUCAGAGGCAGUUCCGCUUCAAGUGCGUGUUUUGCUCAUACACAUCCGACCACGAGGGGGCGUUGAAACGACAUGUGAUGUACAGCCAUCCUGACAGUCAGCAAGAGACACAGGUCUCGUUAAGUGCUUCCAUCAAAGAUUUACCUGUCAAGGAUGUCUCUGAUGAUGACGAUGACAACAUGGCUGAUGAUGAUGAUGAUGAUGAUGAGCAAUUUGAGCUCCUUCCUGGGUUCAAGCGUUGUGAAUAUUGCGGGUUCUUGGGCAUGUCUGAUGAAGAGCUGGAGGAGCAUGUGUCAUCUCACAAACGAACGGCUUUCUACCCCUGCCAGAUCUGUAAGCUCCGAUAUAAACGCUCGGGAGAUUUAAACCGACACAUGAAACUUAAACAUGACUUAAGGCUGAAGGAUUUCAUAAGGAGACAAGGAACGGAGUAUCAGAUAGAGAUAUCUGUCUCUGGAGAAAUCACUGUGCCCAGUACGACAGGAGCUAAACCCAAGGUCGUGAAAGGAAACAACAGUUUUCCAGAUAUGAAUGACAAUGCUUUCAGUGUACAAGACGAGGAUGACAAUGAAAUUCAGUUUCGAUCUCCAACUGAGGAUCAGCCAUUAGACCUGUCUAUGUCAUCUCCAGAGAAAACUCCCUCUAAAGCAGGGGUGGAUCCAGAGAAUCUGCAGUGUCCUGACUGCGCUUAUGUGGCAAAGUGGCCCAGCGACUUGAGGAGACAUAGUGUGGUGCAUACCGUUGAGAAGAGGUUCAAGUGUAAGUACUGUCAAAGGAAAUACAAGUAUGCUGGGGACUUGAAUGUUCAUCUUCGCCGGGAUCACAAAGUAGAACCAGACUCUACGAAAGUGGAAAAGCCGAUGCCGUCUCCCAAACGUAAACCAGGAAUGUUUAAAUGUCCGACCUGCCCUUACGCUUCUCCAUUCAGAUCUGAAGUGGAGCGUCAUGCAAGAAGCCACACAGAGUCUAAACCUCACAACUGUAUUCUCUGUGAGUAUCAGUCCCACUGGAAGGGAGAUGUGAAGCGGCACAUUCAAAAGCAUCAUCCUGAAGUACUGGAGAGCACCGUGCCUGUUGAAGAGUUCAUAGAAACUUUCAUUGAGGGUGAAACAAGCUCUGACAAGAAAGUAUCGCCCAACUCAAAGAAGACCCCAGUGGCUGCUAAAGAGACUUCUCCAGUGACAAACUCUCCUCAGACAGAGGCUGAUGGACAGGACACUGAUGAUUCAUCCAAAGAGCAGAUCUUCAAGUGUAAAUAUUGCGAGUUUUUUGCCACUGCUCCAUCAAAGCUGAAAGCCCAUGUGAUUACUCACGUCAACCUGAAGCAGUGGAAGUGUCCAGUGUGCCCUAGAAGGUCGAACUGGAAGUGGGAUGUUAGAAAACACAUAAUUAAGGAUCAUCCUAAACAUGUUGGCAGUGAGGUGAUCAUGUUGACAGAGGAAGAAGCCAAGGCCACAAUUCAGGAUUACAUUUCAAAGUCUACGAUGCCAAAGCGUGAAAACCAUCUGGACAACAUGAACAUAGCCGAGGCUCAGGAUGAGCUGAAGUUCCCAUACAGAUGCUCUGCGUGUGGAUACAACUCUGCAUAUCGGUGGGAGGUGAGCAAACACAUCCGCAUGAACCAUCCUGGCCAGAACUGCUCGGUGCUUGUAGCCUUCAGUACGGUAGAUGAAAACGCUGCCAAUGUCAGUCCAGCAAAAGAGCCUUCUCCCAAAAUGGAACUGAAGAAAAUGCUGAAACAGCCAACAUUGAAGCAGACAACCCUGAAACGACACCUGAUGCAAGAAGAUGAUGGUAUGUCCGAAAAUGGUAGGAAGAGGACCCGAUCUAAGAAAGCAGAUGAAGACUUAGAAACCAGGCCCUUUAUGUGCGGAGAAUGUGGAAAACGCUGCUCCAGCAAUGGAGAUGUCAAGAAACACUAUCACUACAUUCACCCGGAAAAAGAAAUACAAGUGAUUUUCCUUGGGAAUAAUCCUUCAACAACACCAGAACCUUCCAGUCCAUCGCAAUCCAAAAGUGGGAAGAGACCGAGCUAUCAGGCUCGCUACAGCAACCCUAAGCUACUGGGUUAUAUCAAGCCUUUCAAGUGCUCAGUGUGCCACCGAAGGUCCAACUGGAAAUGGGACAUCAAUAAGCACAUGCGAGAAAGUCAUGUUGGAGUGCCUUCUCACCUGAUUAUCUUGUCUGAAGAAGAGGCCAGAGCCACUUUGCCAUCCUAUGUUCCACCAACUCAACAACAGUCAUUACAGAGAGCCAAGCUUGCUCAACAGGCAUCUUCUGGGAGCCAGGAUAGAAAUGUAGCGAUCUCCAAAGCCCAAGCAUCUGAGAGUCCUUCACCAUCAAAACAACAGGUAUACCGCAACUUGAAGCAAUUUAAAUGCUCGCUGUGUACUUACAGAUCAGACUGGAGGAGUGAUACGCUUCGGCACAUUAAAAACAAACAUGGCCGCACACGUGCCGUCGUGCUCACUCUGGAUCCAGACCAAGCCAGAGCCACCAUUGGUCAGUAUCUGGUUAAGCGAAAACCGGACCGGAGGUCUCUUUUCUCCAAAUCGUCGAGCCACAUCCAACAUCCACAGACUAGAAGAUCGUCCACAGAAAGUAGUUCUUCGUUCUCCAGGAAUGAGGGUGUCAGGAGACCUCCUCCUCCCCCGUCACCCAAAGGACGCAUCUGGAAGUGUGGCAAGUGCAGCUAUAGCCACAGAGAGAGACGACAGGUUUGCCUUCAUCUCAAGACUCACAAGCUCAGGCCUUUCAAUUGCAAAGUCUGUGGUCAUGCUUCAAAUUACAGAAGCGCUCUGUAUCGCCAUCUGAGAACGAAACACAAUAGUAAUGAUUUCAGCCUGUGCCACAUGAUGAUGAAGUAUGCAAAGGAAGGAGCCAAUGGUGUGGAGGAGCUGGCUGAAGAAGACAUGACUAUGGAAGAGCUGGAAGAACUUGAAGCGGAAAAAGAUGCAGAAUUGGAGGAAGAUGAGAUGGAUGAACUGGAGGAGAAAAGCCAGACUGAGGGCAAGAGAGCCUUCCAUUGUAAACUAUGUAACUUUCAGACCACUUGGAGGUCAUGCGUGAUCCGUCAUCUCAGAGAACGACACAAGAGUACAGAUUUUACUCUGUGUGGCAUCAAAACCAUAGAACUCUCAGCAGUGAGGAAGAAAGGGAGGAAGAAGUACAACUGUGUGAAAUGCCCGUACCAGACAGAGAAACCUGGACUGUUGAAGUUUCAUAUGACCUACCACAAACCCCAGCCAGGCAACCGAUACAAAUGCAAGUAUUGUCCUUACUACGUUUGUGCGAAGCGCCUUCUUCAUCAGCAUCUGAGGAUUCAUGCAGCAGCCGCUGGGAAGCUUACUUUAGGUGAGACCAAACUGGCAACCAUUACACCGAAACGAUACCACUGUGAGAAGUGUCCCUUCAAGACUGGAAGCAAAAACGACAUUUUGUACCACAAACAGUUCCAUCGGCCAAGACCAAGUGCUGGAUUCAAGUGUGAUUUCUGUGAUUACUGGGUCACUCACCGUCGUCUUCUAAAGCAGCAUUACCGGAUGCAUAAAGCUGCAGAGACCCCUGUGACUCCGGUCAAGCAAAGUCUCUCGCAAUCUGUCAUCGCUCCAUCACCAUGCAAAUCUGAGGCAACUGAUGUCAGCUGGUUUUACAACUCAGUGGAUGCCGCUUCUAUCAAACAGCAAGUCAUCUCCUCCAAAAUAACCCGUAGUUUGCCAGCGCCUGGCCAGUCCCCAGUGAAACAGACCAGCAGCCCAGCUGGUUAUGUUGUGAGGAACGGAGUGUUUAGGAAACUUCACCACUGCCGUUACUGUCCUUAUGUAAAUAUGAGAGGAAGAAAUCUCCGUCUUCACGAAAAGAUGCAUGGCUGGCGACUGUCGGAGAAGGUUCUGUUCCAGUGCACUCAGUGUAAUUACAUGGUAGGCAGCAAAGGCCUUUUGUCUCAUCACAUGAAGGUACACAACAAGGGGUAUGGCAUGGACCCUACUGAUAACACUACUGCAGAACUAGAGAAUCUGGAAGGGGUACAUGUGGAAGGAGAUGAAAACAGUGACAGAAGUUCAGAAGUCUCAGAUCAGCAGCACGACAACCGGAUGGACACUCUCCUGGAGAUAGCCCGCUUCAAGAAAUAUGCCUGCGAGAAAUGUCCAUAUGCCAGCGCCAAGAGGAACCAUUUUGAAAGACAUCUGGAGCUGCACGGAAGCAAGCAAAGAUACCUCUGCGACUUUUGUGAUUACAGCGUGCCCUCCAACAAUCUACUGUCGCAGCACCAGAAACUGCAUCUCCUCCCGAACCAGAAUCUCCUGGCAGUCCAGUCGGUCAGCAAUCUGCAGCAUCUUCCCGAGAUCACCGCUGAUGUUGCCGUGGCAUCGUUCUUGUCUGCGUAUAACCCUGAAAAGGAGAAGACAAUCAGCGUGACGCAUGAUCACAUGGAACUGUAUGAGAACAACCCAGAUCCUCCUGAGGAGCCCAAGAAGCUGUAUCGCUGCGAUCGCUGCCCAUACGCCAAUGUGAGAAGAGACCACAUACUGGCACAUCUCAAGUUCCACAUGAUCCGCAGUGAGCUAGCUUGUCAGUACUGUGACUACAGCGUCAGUAAAUCCCAUCUUCUCACACAGCACAUCAAGGUCCACUUCAGUCCCCUGCCAGAGUUUUCUGAAUGGCUGGUUCAAAGCGGCAUCAAGGAUAGGGAUAGGGGAGAAGCUUCAGCUGCUGUAGGCAAGGCAGAGGAUUCUGACACCAAAGAGGACACCAGAGUAGAUGUCAAGACUGAAUCUGACACGGCCAAAGGGUCUGAUAAGAAGACAAGUGAAGACAAGAUGGAAGGCUAUAGUAAAGAAGGAGAACAACAGACAUCUGAUGGAAAACUAGCUUCGGCUCAACCAGAUGAAGGAAGAGCCUCUGACAAAGGUGGCGCUGCUACUGCUGCGCCGGACAACAGCGAUAUCUACGUUUGCCAGUACUGCGAUCGAGAGUUCAUCACAUCUGAACAACUUGUAUGUCAUGAAAUGCAGCACCUGAUUGGAAACCAUUUUGAGGCUAGUCAGCCAGUAGAGUUACCGUCCCCAAUGGAGGGGGUGAACACAGAGGCAGAGCCUACAAACCUGACGAACGUGAUUGCUGAGACCACUCCUGGACCAGAAGAAACUGCCAUUGUGGUGAAGGUUUAAUGGGGCAAAGGUUGAUGAAACAUGUGGCUGGUGUUUAGCGCAUGUGAGAUAGUGGGAGACACAGGGCCUUUACUCUGAGGGCAGUCAGUGGACUGUUCACUUGAUGUAUUACAAUGGCCAUGCUAGUCAAACCAGAGGAUUGUACCACUGAAAAAGCACGGGAAGCAUUGUGUACCACAUUAAAAUGGAAUGAGGCAGUGCAUCUUGUACAAGUCACACAGAAGUGCCACAGUGAAGAGACUGAAGCACCAGUAGUGACCACAUGUCACCGUGAAGUGCCAGUGACCACAUCACAGUGAUGCACAAGUGACCACGUGUCACAGUGAUGCACCAGUGACCAGAUGUCACUGUGAAGUGCCAGUGACCACGUCACAGUGAUGCACAAGUGACAACGUGUCACAGUCAU